UGCAAAGCUGCCCUGAUCCCCGUCCUUUCCGGAAUGGCUUUUUGAUUGGGAAUGAUUUCAGCGUGGGACAAACUGUUACUUUUGAGUGUUUUCAUGGUUACACUUUGAUUGGAGAGGCAGCGCUAACAUGCCUCCAUGGUUUAAGUCGGAAUUGGAACUACCCUGUGCCUAGAUGUGAAGCUCUCUGUGGUGGAAACAUUACAGCAAUGAAUGGUACUAUUUACUCCCCUGGGUACCCUGAUGAGUAUCCAAAUUUUCAAGACUGCAUUUGGCUUGUUAGAGUUCCACCUGGUUAUGGGAUAUACAUCAACUUUACAGUCUUACAAACAGAACAAAUAUAUGACUUUAUUACUGUGUGGGAUGGUGCAGAUCAAAACUCUCCUCAGAUUGGCCAGUUCAGUGGAAAUACAGCACUAGAUUCUGUGUACAGCACAUCAAACCAAGACCUGAUCAAAUUUCAUAGUGACUUUACGACUGGUGGAUUCUUUGUGCUCAGUUAUCACGCAUAUCACCUGAGAGUAUGUCAGGCGCCUCCUGAAGUCCCGAAUGCAGAAGUGCUGACAGAUGACAAUGAAUUUGAGAUAGGAGACAUAAUCAGAUACCAGUGUCUGCCAGGAUUUACUCUAGUAGGUAAUGACAUUCUCACAUGUAGACUUGCAGAGCGUUUACAAAUGGAUGGACCGCCCCCGUCUUGCCAAGUGCUGUGUCCUGCUAAUGACAUGCGCUUUGAUUCUACUGGAGUCAUUCUAAGCCCUGGAUACCCUGAUAGUUACCCCAACUUACAGAUGUGUGCUUGGAGUAUUACAGUGGAAAAGGGAUAUCACAUUACUCUGUAUUUUGAGUUCUUCCAGACAGAGAAAGAAUUUGAUAUACUUGAAAUUUUUGAUGGGCCAAGCAGCCAUAGCGCUAUAUUGGCUACCCUUAGUGGAGAUUAUUCUUCUUUCAACAUAACCACCACUGGUCACCAAGCCCUUCUCCGCUGGUCUGCAGAUCAUGGCACGAACAAGAAAGGGUUCCGCAUCAGAUAUGUUGAAUCCUACCAUGACACUGUUAGCUCCACCGUGAUAACAAGGUAUGCUGACAAGUGGCUGGUGACCAGCAUGCACUGUCUAGCAGAGAUUGUGUUCCCAUGA